AUGGAAGCAACAGAUGCAGAUAUGCAAGCGCAAGUACGGCGUGAAAGACGUCGGGAAUUGCGAAAUGAGAAUUUGGCGGCGUGGAGUAUGGGAAAGCCAGAUCCAACAAAAUUUAAGAACCUGGAUUCAAAUAUCAAGAAAAACACGGGAUUCAUUAAAAAAUGCAAAACGCAAUUGUCGGCCGAGUAUCAAACACAAUUGCUCAAAGAUAUAAAAACGUUGACGUUGGAAAAGUAUAUAUCUGAGGUGGUAGCUGCUGUUGUUGAAGGUGUGCAACGGUGUAAAGCGGCUGCGGAUAUUUGGGCAGCUGUUGAAGUAAUCUCCGCCUUACACCAACGCUUCCCCGACACAUUCACACCGUUCUUAACACACACGCUAGCCCGUUCGCUCGUACCACCCAACAAACAACAACUUGCCGUCCUGACCACCGAGCAACGUGAAAAAGAGGAGAACAUGCGUAUCGCCAAGCAACGUGUGUUGCUUCGAAUCGCGGGAGAGUUGUGGCUCAUGGGCGUGUUAAGGAAUGUCGAGGAUGGGAUUGCCGCGUUGAAUAGUGGUGGGGCUGCGGUUGGUGCUGGGAGUGUUAAUGGGGUGAAGGAUAAUGUCGCAGGAUUCGUUAGUAAUAAUUCGAUUGUUAAAGACGCGAGGGAAGUGAAAGAGUAUAAAAGUUCUGGUGAAGGGUUUAUGUAUACGGUUAUGAAGGAGCUGCUCUCACAUGAUAACAAACAUCUAAACCUCUCUUUGGCUGUGUCAUUCGUAAAAAACUUUGGUCCGGAAAUUAUCGGAACUACGCGCAAACAAAAACGUGAUGAAAAUGCCGCUGCCUCUGAAGCUGUUCCAACCUCUGCUCUUGAUGGCGCCGCUGCUGAAAACGUUAUCGAAUCAGAGGAUAAAAAAGAAACAAAAGAUACAGUUGUGACGCUGGAACAUCAAGCUCUUUUCAAGAAUUUGCUUGUUGAUUACUUUCAUGGCGUUGAGUCUCAUUUGCUGAAGGAUCAUGAGAAAAUCAAAAGAUUAGAUCAUAGUAACCACGAAUACUACAUCACCAGAGGCGAAAUUUCCGAAGAAACCAGGCAAAACUACGAAAAGGUUGUGAAAACUUUUGAGAAGUUUCUGCAGAAUGCUCAAACGUUAGCUGAUUCUCUGGACCUCGAAAUGAUUGAUUUGCCCAACGAUGAAGGAACCACAAAAAUUAGUUCUUUGGUUGUUCGUGAUGGAACAGCUGUCAAUGAGAAAGAGGAUACUCAAGGCGGUAUCUGGGAAGACGAAGACGCUCGGAGCUUCUACGAAUCUCUUAUCGACCUUAAAACACUCGUACCUGGGGUCCUUCUCGAAGCGAAAUCCAGCAAAAAAGACGACCUCGAACUAGACAAGGAUGAAGUUGCCGGUAAUGGGGACACCGAGAAAGACGACGAUGGAAAAUCUGUAAAUGAGGAACAUAAUAAGAUUGAUGACAAUUCUUUGGAUCAUCGUCGUGCGAGUGUGUCUACUGAUGGAGGGCAGAAAGAAGAGAUUUUAGGCAGUGAUAAUGGUGUUGAUGGAUUAGUCAAAGAUGACGAAAAUGAAGACGCUGCGUCAAAAGAUGCUGAGUUGAAUAAUAGUAAUAACAAGAGUGGCGCGUCAGCACAACUUGAUUCUCUGUUAUCGAGACUUCCGAAUCUCGUAAAUCGUGAUCUCAUCGACCAAGCUGCUGUCGAUUUCUGCUACUUGAAUUCUAAGGCGGCACGAAAGAAGUUAUUAAAAACUCUAGUUGGCGUCCCUCGUACUAGACUUGACCUUUUGCCUUACUAUGCACGGUUGAUCGCUACGCUUAAUCCUCAUUAUCCUGAUAUUACAGCGGCAGUUUUACAAGCGCUUGAAGGCGAGUUCCGGUCGUUGCAACGAAAGAAAACUUUGGAUUUACUUGAAACUAAAGUCAAGAACAUCAGAUACCUCUCAGAACUCACCAAAUUCCACAUCACCCCACAACACUUAAUUUUCCACUGCCUAAAAGUGGUGCUCGACGAUUUCUCCAAUCAGAAUAUCGAUAUCGCGUGUAAUCUUUUAGAGACAUGCGGGCGAUUUUUGUUUAAGAGUCCGGAGACUAGUGUCCGAAUGGGGAACAUGCUUGAUAUCUUGAUGCGGAAAAAAAGCGUUCAACAUCUUGAUAGUCGACAGCUUUUGAUGGUUGAGAACGCUUAUUAUCAGUGUAAUCCCCCGGACCACACAGCCAUUGUACUCAAAGAACGAUCAAUCAUGGAGCAAUAUAUUCGUAAACUGAUCUACACCGAUCUCAACAAAAAAACCGUCGAAAAAGUGCUAAAGUUGUUGCGGAAAUUGAAUUGGGACGAUAAAGAGGUCUACAAGAUCCUCGAAAAAUGUUUCUCCAAAGUCUGGAAAAUCAAAUACAGUAAUAUCCACUUGAUGGCGAUCCUCGUCUCGGGAUUGCAUAGGUAUCAUUCGGAUUUCGGUGUUGCGCUGGUGGAUUGUGUUCUUGAGGAUAUUAGGAUUGGACUUGAACAAAAUAUCUUUAAGCACAAUCAACGACGCAUUGCUACAGUCAAGUAUCUUGGUGAACUUUACAACUACCGAAUGGUGGAUUCACCUGUGAUUUUUGAUACGUUGUAUACGAUAGUUACUCUUGGUCAUGGUAACGAGAGCCAACUUGGCAGACCUAAUCCAUCACGCUUCAAUUUUCUUGACGCGCCCAAUGACUUCUUUCGUGUAAGACUUUGUUGCACGUUACUAGACACUUGUGGGAUUUGUUUUGAUCGUGGAACUGCCAAAAAGAGAUUGGAUGAUUUCUUGGUGUUCUUUCAGAUGUAUAUCUUAUCGAAACAACCACUCCCAAUGGACGCAGAAUUUAUGGUUUCCGAUACCUUCGAGUUGCUACGAUCAUCAAUGAUCAGAUACAAGACCUACGAAGAGGCCGCCGAAGAAGUCGAUCAGAGACUGAUAUUGAACCAAAAAGCGGUGCAAACAAGCGAAGAAAUAGUAAAAGGUCAAGAAGAAGCUUUGGAAGAAAGUGACGCGGCUUCGUCUUCCUCGGAAGAAGAUGAUGAUGAAUUUAGGGAAGAGACUGAGCGUGAACCUGGUGAAGAGGAAGAGGAUGACGAGGAUGCCGAAACUGAAGUUAUAGAGAGCCACGACCACGAAGAAGAGGAAGUCAUCGUACACACCAAUCGACAAGAUAAAGUCUCGACUUCCGAAGACGAGGAUUUCGAACGCGAGUUUAGUAAGAUGAUGACCGAGAGUUUGGAGUCUCGUAAAUAUGAAAGAAAGCCGGCGAUGUUGGAUGUUGCUAUACCGAUGCAUCUUAAAGGCACCGAAAGGUCUUCAGAGUUUGAGGAUGGGAACGUGUCGUUUACGUUGUUGACCAAAAAAGGGAAUAAGCAACAUAUUAAAACCAUGGAAGUACCAGCUGACAGCGCACUCGCCGUGAACACACGUUCCAAACAGGAAGCAGAACGUGAAGAACAAGCACAGCUCAAAAAACUGGUACUCAAUUACGAGGAACGUGAAGAACAAAACCAACGUGUUGCGCUUGAGCAAUCGUUGAUUAGUAGUGGGAUACGUGUCACUUAUCAGGCUGGUAAUCGGCGACAAAGUCAACGUGACGUAGAUAAUCGGUUGCUAGGAUCUGUAUAUUACGGAUAG